AUGACUGCCCUGCCCUUUGGGUUUCUUCAGCCGCUAGCUACUGAAGGCCGAAAAGAACAACUUGCCGUUUACCAAGCUAUCUGUCAUUUCUUCCUGAUUCAGACAGAUCACAUGCCCCUGGUUCACGGCCUCACAAGACAAGCUGAUGCAUGGUCCCUCCACCAGUGUCGUUAUCUUUCUGCCAUCGCUGAGUUCAACUGCUCUAUUCAACACCUGCUGGGCAGGAAGAAUUCUGUAGCUGACGCCCUCUCCAGAGUUUCCAUUGAUGCAGUUCAUUUAGAGCUGGACUACAACCAUCUCGCUAAAGAGCAGCAACAGGACCCUGAGACGUCAGCCUGCAGUACAUCCAUUACUUCCCUCAAGUGGAAGGACGUCCCUGUGAACAAAGCAGGAGACGCAAAGGACUGGAUUCGAUCCUGCACCAUCUGUCAAACCCCCAAAAUUCAGAAACACACCGAAACGGGUCCUGUAUCCUUCUACCAGCCGCAGAGGCGUUUUGCACACAUCCAUGUCAACAUAGUGGGUCCCCUACUGCCAUCAGAAGGACAUUGCUACCUCUUUACCAUAGUAGACCGUUCAACUAGAUGGCAUGGAGCUAUUCCUAUGUCUAACGCCAGUUCUGCCUCCUUCACCGCCACUCUGCUUUCGAGAUUCAGCAUCCCUGCCCACAUGACGUUCGACCGAAACACCUCUUUCAUUUCGCAGCUUUGGAUGUCCCUGGGGCAGCUAUUAGGCACCUCUAUCCAUCACACCACGGCCUACAACCCGGAAGCUAAUGACAUGGUGGAGUGUUUCCACAGAACCCUGAAAGCUGCCCUGAUAUCUCGAUGUAGCAACUCAAUGUGGUUUUCGCAACUUCCCUGGGUCCUUCUCGACCUUCGAACGACUCCAAAGGAAGGGCUCGAUGUCUCCCCAGCAGAGAUGGUUUUCGGCUACCUCCUCUUGGUCCCUGGCGAAUUCUUCCCCAAUGCUCCAUCCAGCGAUGACAUCACCAGACUACGACGCAUCGUCGGGAAGUUCGCCCCCUGCAAACAGACAUACAGGCCACACGAACACUGUCCCGUCCCCAAAGAUCUAUGUACAAUGAAUACGGUUCUCCAGGGCGGGCCGCCCCCUCUCACAUGCCAUGGGGCAUCUUUGCUGAUGGGGGAGUAUAAUAACCACUUGGUCGCUAGUCUGCUCGACCCAGCAGUAACAAGCGAUGAUCACGCGAGUGGGUGGCCGCACGCCAUUUGCCAGCCGAGCCACACGCUGUGCUCUGAGGAAACUCUACAGUUAGCCACGGCUACAGCCUUGAUAACACAACUUCUAUUUGUUGAUUGGGAUACACUCUGGUUACCCAGUGGCUAA